GCAAGCAACGAAACAAAACCUAUAACUAGAAAUUAAUAUCAAUUACAUUUGUCUUUUAGUGUUAAAUGAUAAUGUUGUUUGAAACUAUUUUCCAUGUAGGGAUUGUCUGCAUUGUCUUCGAUCUAACUUAUGUGAGCAAAAUCAUCAAUAUAAUUGACGUUUUGAUGAAAAAUUUUAAAUAAAAUUUUAUUUGUCAUGUCAGCAAAAUACUGUAGCAGAGCUCAAUGUCAAUUUCGGGACGCAAAACGAGUCAAAUAGUAAUGUGGAGAGUUAUUACCAAUAUUGUCCUAAGAAUAUGACAUUUUUCUGGGAAGAAAAUAAAAAUGGGUAUGAACAAUUUUGUGAUUGUAUAGAUGAUCUAUUAUAUAAUCCUGAAGAUGGAAAUCCUUGUCGCAUUGAUGGAUUUGUUCCUUAUUAUGGACAUUGCUACUAUCCGUGGAGAUAUGGAUACCCAUGCAGUAAUAAUAACACUUAUUUAGGAAUUAAUAAAAAUUUUCAAAUACAAUGUGAUGACUCCAAGUAUUUAGGAAUAAAUGAUAAUCAGAAUUCGUCCAAAAUCUGUCCACAAAAUGCGUAUUUAUAUUCGAGUCAUUAUCCGUCAAACUAUCUCUGUAAGUGUUAUGAGGAUUUUAUAUUCUUAAAUGGAUAUUGUUAUGAACCUUAUAGGCAAGGUCCUUGUCAUCUAGGAAGUUACUUAAUAUUUACUCCAGGAGAAGGUUAUCCGAAAUGUGAAACAAAUCCAUGUGCAUUAGAUGGUAUGGUUCCAUUUAAAGGUAGUUGUUAUCAAAUUAACGAAUAUGGACUGCCAUGUACUCCAGAUUCCUAUGAGUUAACUGCGACUAAAGAAGGCACUUUUGAGUUAAAAUGUAGGAGGAUCGGUUUUGUGAUUGUAACUGCGCCUGCUAAAGUUUGUCGAGCUGGUAGUAGAAGAGUUCAUCUAUUAGGAUGUAAACGUGUUUUUCAAUAGAGUUCAAUAAUUUAAAUUUUAUAGUUUUUUGUAACUGACCAAAAAGAAAAUUAAAUUAUUUUCUUUAUUUUAAUUCACGAUUCUUAAAAAUUACCACAAUGGCAAAUUUAAAAAUUAUGAAAAAACAUAUUGUUUAAUUUCAUAAAGUACAAUAAUUGUAAGUAAGUUGGAUUAGUGGAAAAAAAUACACCCCGAAUUUUGGUUGAAAUAAAGGACACCUCUGUCAUAUAGCAAACCUCUUUGAUAUCGCAACGAACCUGCUAUAUGUGUCCCUAUUUCAACUAACUUUAAACAAACUUUUUUUUAAGUUUUUACCUUUUAGAAAAAGAUGUAAAAUUUAUAUUUUUUAAAAAUAAAUUUUAAAAACUGAUUAUUUCUUAAACCAAUUUCUAAUUAAAAUGUUAUUUUUA